AAGAGCUUCACCCUUUCGAUAAUCGUUAACUCCUGCCCGCCGCAGAUCGCCACCUACAAUAAAGCCAUCAAGGUUACAGUGGAUGGACCCAGGGAACCAAGGGCACCAGUCGUUCCAUCCUUUCCACUUCGGUCCAAGACCUUUCCCGUUCCAUUCUGCCAUCGACCCUCAACGGACGGAUUCGAUACCCUUCAAGCUCUCAGCUCUUCUCUAUUUUCUUCCGAACCCUGCAGACCUCGUAAGCCCAUCGUUCCCCGUGGUGAUCGUCCCGCUUCCCUCCUCGCUAACAGGGAGCGAGCGGCUCCUGUUUGCUCCUACAACACCAUCAGGUGUCCUUGUCACUUUGCCCCUGAGCCCCCCUCUUUCCCUCCCUCCCCCCAGCAGGCAAAAAAUGGGAGCAAUCAUGGGAGUAUUGUGGAGAUUAGAGCCCUGUUUAAACUGACUACCCUUCGUUAUUGUGAUUCACAAUCCGACUCCUUCGCUCCCCUCAUUCCUCCCUCCACGGCUAAGUUCCAUUAG